AUGGGGUUACUUCUCGCUUCAGUUACAUGGAAAGGCUUCCAUGCGAGGAAUAGCAGUGCCAGCGUUGGCCGUAUAUUAAAUCAUCUUUCGUCGUUGCAUUCUCGAAGCUUGUUGACACAGAGUUAUGCGCGGGGGCCUGAUCUGCCACCUUUGGUUGAACAGACGGUAGGAGAUCACUUUGCUUCAAUAGUGCAGAAAUUCGGAGAUCGCACCGCAGUAAUUUCUCGCCAUCAAAAGGGUCGCUUUACUUACCAUGAGCUCGAUCGUAACAGCAAUGCCGUGGCCCGUGGACUCCAAUCCAUAUCUGUACGGAAAGGUGACCGCGUGGCGGUCAUGUUGGGAAACUCACUCGAAUAUGCAUCGUUGACAUACGCACUUUUCAAACUGGGAGCAGUCCUGGUUCCACUCAAUCCUUCUUUCAAUGCAAAUCAGAUUGUGUCCGCAUUGAGUCAUCUGGGAGCAAGCCACUUGAUUAUCAGUGCCGAAGCAAAUUUACCACGUCGAGCACCUCGGGAGAAUACGUCUCUUAUCAAACAUAUUAUCCCCGGUCUUGACUCCAUGUCAUGUGUUCAAUCAGAAUUGAUCCCGUCACUCAAGCAAGUUGUAGUCGUCGACAACUCGACUGGCAGGUUUGACGGCUCGUCAUACAAGGCUCUUACACCCUAUGAUUCUAUAGCAUCCUAUAUACAGGCAGAUAGGAAGGCAUUACCGAAUCAAGGACUUUCUCUCCAUGAUGUGGUUAAUAUACAGUUUACUUCCGGAACAACAUCUAUGCCCAAGGCAGCCUGCCUGACUCACCGAUCAAUCCUAAACAACGGCAUCCAGAUUGGCGAUCGAAUGCUUCUCACAGAAAACGACAUUGUCUGCUGCCCACCACCACUAUUCCAUUGCUUUGGGUCUAUUCUGGGAUAUAUGGCCACGGCAACCCAUGGUUCAGCCAUUGUAUUCCCUUCAGAGUCUUUCAAUGGUCUGGCUUCUCUCCAAGCCGUAAGAGAGGAACGUUGUACAGCUUUAUAUGGGGUGCCGACGAUGUUCAUCGAAGAAUUAGGACUCCUCGAUCGGGGAGAAGUCCCAUAUGAUGGAUUCCAAUACCUACGUACCGGUAUUGCAGCAGGGAGUAGCAUCCCAGCCGAGCUAAUGCGGAAACUGCACAAGAAACUGAAUUUGACGGAGUUGACGAUAUGCUAUGGAAUGACGGAGACGAGCCCGGUGUCUGCAAUGACCACUACAGACGAUCCUAUGGACAAGAGAAUCACGACCGUGGGUCGACUGAUGCCGCACGUCGAAGCCAAGGUCGUGGAUCCAGUUGAUCGUAGUAAAGUUCUACCAAUUGAGACAAAAGGAGAACUAGCUGUGAGCGGGUAUCUUCUAAUGAAAGAAUACUGGGGCGCGCCGGACAAGACUGCAGAAGUAAUGCUCGCGGACGAGCAUGGCAAAAUCUGGAUGCACACCGGCGAUGAAGCAAGCAUGUCUGCCGACGGCUAUAUAACCAUAACCGGCCGGAUCAAAGACCUGAUCAUCCGAGGAGGCGAAAACAUUCACCCGCUAGAGGUUGAGAAUUGUCUCCUUGCUCAUCCGUCUGUGAAUGAUGUGUCUGUAGUAGGCGUCCCAGAUGAAAAAUAUGGUGAAGUCGUAGGUGCUUUUGUGGUUAUGUCCCCUAGCACCACCAAUACGACCAACGAGGAGGAGCAACAUCUUCUAAAGGAAGAGCUAAGAUUGUGGGUGAGGGAGAAGCUAAGCAGUCAUCUAGUGCCCAAAUUCAUCUUCUUCCUCUCGAGUUCGGACGCUUUCCCGAAAACAGCCAGUGGGAAAAUACAAAAGUUCAAGCUCAAGGAACUUGCUAUUCAGUUGUUGAAGGAGAAGCAUUAG